ACGUCGUCGCGACGAGUCGUCUUCCUCGCUGUUCUGUUGUACGUGUGUAUGCGUGCGAUCUUGUGCGUGAUGAAUUUGUGAGCAGGAGCAAGGUGAAAAAUCCACUCGCAUGUGUGACGAGGAAGAAUAAAAUACCAAACACGUACCCGAAGAGUCAUAUGGAUCCUGCAUCGAUAAGUUAAUCGUUCUCAUUCCAUUAAAGCAGACCUCGUCAGUUAUCAAUGCGCACACGUUUUUUUACCUACUACGGCAACAGAUGGAACUGCAAAAAGACCAUUUUUCACUAGUAAAGGAAGAAAAAGACUCAAUUCACGAACAUCUUGAAAACUAUAAGGAGGCACAUGAUAAUAAAUCUCAAGAAGCGAAAGAUGUUUACACCAGUAUCGAUGACUGAUAUCUUUUCUACCUAUAAAAAGACUUUUUUGAGAAUUUGUAAUAAGAGUUAAGUCUGUUGAUUAAUCGUAGAAAAUAGUGAUAUUUGUAAAUAGCUGAUACAACGAGAUAUGUGAAGUGUUCAUUUCAGUCUAAUUACGAUUGCGUGAAGAGAUUGGACUGCAUGGAUGACGAUUUAUAAGGAUUAAGAGAGUGUUAUAUAAUCAUUGAUCUAACUAGAAUUGUUAAUCUAACUUGAAUAAAUUAAUCGAUCGUUUUCAAUCGUGGAAGUGGCAGCUCGCGGCAAGUUAAUGCCGCGUGUAAAGACCGAUGGAUUCAACAAAAAUCAAAUCGAAGCCGAAUCCGAGGGAGAAGACAAACAUCGUAUCGGUGUUGCUUUGGUGGUGGACCAUUAGUUUAUUCAAGACAGGAUACAAGAAAGCUUUAGAAAUAGAAGACUUAUUUGAUCCUCUGAAAGUUGACAGAUCGACAUUCCUCGGAGAUCGAUUAGAAAAACGAUGGAACAUCGAGCUGGAAAAUUCGAAAAAAUGGAAACGCAAUCCAAGUUUGUUAAAAACUAUUUUCCGCACAUUCUUGUGGGAGUACACUAUGCUGGGAAUAAUACAGAUUCUCAACGAAUUUGUGAUAAGGUUAGGUACGCCAUUGUUGCUCGGUGGUCUUUUGCGCUACUUCCGGAAGGAUUCAGUUGAACCGUAUGAAAAUGCUCUAUGGUUUGGAGCUGGUAUCUGUAUUGCAAACGGCGUGAACGUGAUAAGCGGCAAUCAGGCGCUCUUUGGCGCUUUCCAUGUGGGUGUCAAAGUUCGCGUGGCUGUAUGUUCCGUGGUAUACAGAAAGGCUCUGCGUCUGAGCAAAACUGCAUUGGGCGAGACAGCACCCGGAAAAGUAAUUAAUCUAGUGGCCAAUGAUGUCAAUCGAUUCGAUCUCGUCUCCAUCGUAAUUCAUUAUAUGUGGUCGGCACCUCUCUCGGCCCUGAUCGUGGCUUAUAUUCUCUAUCAGCAGAUCGGCUAUGCUGGCCUCAUCGGCAUCGCUGCAAUCUUUGUAGUCGUACCAAUCCAAUCUUACGCUGGCAAACUGACGUCAAAGUUUCGUCUUCAGACUGCUAUCAAGACCGAUGAGCGGGUCCGAUUGAUGGACGAAAUCAUUUCCGGGGUGCAGGUGAUCAAAAUGUACGCGUGGGAAAAGCCAUUCUGCGCUAUGGUGGAGCUGGCGCGUAAGCUCGAACUUCGAGUGGUCACCAAGAGCUCGUACAUCCGCGGCAUUUACAUGACCUUCAAUCUUUUCACAACUCGUAUGGCGCUCUAUUGCACCCUCAUCGCUAUGCUGAUGUUCGGCGACAAUCUGACUGCUGAUAAGGUCUUCGUCGUUUCGUCCUAUUUCAACAUUCUUGCACACACUAUGACUGGCAUGUUCGUGCGCGGCUUCGCUGAGUUGGCUGAGUGUAUGGUAGCUAUACGUAGGCUCCAGACUUUCCUUAUGUUCGACGAGUUCCAGGGCAGUAAUGUUGUUGUCUCCAAGGCGUCUGCUAGCUACGCCAAUUCAGAUUUGAAGCGGUUCUCCAAACCGGAUCUGCCCUACAUUGACGAUGAUGAUGUGGAUUCACGUGGAGAGUAUCUGGACGAGAACAACGACCGCAGAAAGCAAAAUGGUUCAUUGGUUGUUUCCAGCGACUUGUUGAAAAACACUGCUAAUUUUGUUGAAGAAAACAAAUCCAUAUACAAUAUGAACAAUUGGGCCAUUAAUAUAAUCAACGUUACUGCCAAGUGGGACGAGAGACAAUCGGAGAACAUUCUGGAGAAUCUGAAUCUGGAAAUAGAAAAAGGCAAGCUAUAUGCGGUGAUCGGCAUGGUGGGUAGCGGCAAGAGCUCUUUUCUGUCCGCGAUUCUCGGAGAAAUCAGUCUCAUAAAAGGUCAAGUGAAGAUCAACGGCGGCAUUAGCUACGCCAGUCAGGAGACCUGGGUUUUUGGUGCUACCGUUCGACAGAACAUACUCUUCGGACAAUCCUACGAGCGCCAACGGUACCAGAAGGUGAUCAAGGCUUGUGCCUUGGUACGCGACUUCAAACAGUUUCCGCAGGGCGACCAGACUGUUGUGGGUGAACGAGGCACCUCGCUGUCCGGUGGUCAAAAAGCUAGGAUCAAUUUAGCUAGAGCUCUAUACAGACAGUCGGACAUUUACUUACUGGACGAUCCUUUGAGCGCAGUUGACGCACAUGUUAGCAAGCAUCUGUUUCAAGAAUGCAUUCAGAGAUAUCUUGCUGGAAAAACAAGAAUCUUGGCCACGCAUCAGUUGCAAUAUAUAAAGGGAGUGGACGCCAUUAUAUUGCUCGAACAGGGAAAAAUGAAGUACUUUUCGCAUUAUCAGGAUUUAUUAGAGUAUCGACCCGAAUAUGGAGUACUCCUGGCAGCGGAGAAUGAAGCGAUUGACGAUUCAUCUUUAGAAAAAAGUAUAAACAUACGACGACAGUUUUCUUCUUCAAGUAACAGAAGUCGAACUCCGGAAACCAGUAGCGGCGGCACUGAUGACGAAGAGGAAGACGAAGAUACUGAAAAAUUGAAUGACGGUCUUGAGAGAACAUCACGUGGCCUGGUUAAAGGUCCUAUAUUUAUCAAGUUCUUCCAAACUGGUGCCAAUUUGUACAUUGCUUUUACCGUUCUGUUUCUGUUCAUCAUUACGCAAUUUAUUGUCAGUCUCAACGACUAUUUUGUGCCUUUCUUAGCCAAUUUUGUGGAAACGCGAAAUUACGAAGCCAAGCACUUUAUUCUGAACCAAACGGAAGACAUUUUCGUAAACACGACGAACAUACAUGAAUUCAGUGCUAUCGAGGAUGAAUCAGUGAUUGAUUAUAUCUACAUCUAUACUGGCAUUGUGCUAGCUAUCUUCAUUCUCGGGAUCACCAGAUCGCUAGUUUUUUACAAAACAUGCAUGAUGUGUAGCCAGCGCCUACAUGAUAUGAUGUUUAGUGCGUUAAUUCGUACAGGAAUGCGAUUUUUUGAUACUAAUCCGAGCGGCAGGAUUCUCAAUCGAUUUUCUAAAGACAUGGGCGCGAUCGAUGAAUUAUUACCUAAAGCGAUCCUGGAUGCCGGUCAAAUGAACAUGUUGAUGUUCGGGUCGCUUAUAAUGACCUGCGUGGUCAAUCCUAUUUUCUUGGUGCCUAUCGUAAUUAUCAGUGGGAUAUUUUAUUGGAUCCGCAAGGUUUAUCUCAAGACCAGCAAGAACGUUAAGCGACUGGACGGAAUAAGUUCAGCCUAA